UCUCCCUCUCCCUGCACAACAGACUAAUAAGUUAUUGAAGGAGGUAGUGAGGGUAGGGUGUUUCCUGUUUUUUUUGUAUUUGACGCCAUUUUGUGGGUUUAAACUAUCAAAACAGAGUGAGUUCACUCAUUGUUAGCAAAGAAAGAAGUUUUGCUUGGAGCCUGCUGCUUGAGUUUCCUUUAUUUCGAAGCAGUCUUGCUGCCCCUCCCCUCCGUCAACCUCUGUAGCCCCACCACUCCUCCUUCCCUCCUGUCUGCCUUUGAAUUGCCUUGCACUGGAGGGGCAGGUGAUGAGUUCUGCGUCUGCUGCCUGCCCCACGAGCCCUGCUCCUUGCCUGGGACAGGGGACCGCCAGCUCUUGUCCGUCCGGCUGCCUGGGCACCUCGUUCAUCAUCCAGAUAGGGCUGACCAGGGAAUCCGUCCUGCUCCCGACCAGUGACGACAACACUUUAGCAAGAGUGAAGGAACUCGCUUGUUCCAUCGUAGAUCAGAAGUUCCCAGAAUGUGGCUUCUACGGAAUGUACGACAAAAUCCUCCUCUUCAGACACAACCCAACUUCCGACAAUAUCCUGCAGUUGGUGAAAUCGGAGCUCGAUAUCCAGGAAGGAGACCUGAUUGAAGUCGUGUUGUCAGGUGCAGCGACUUUUGAAGACUUCCAGAUUCGCCCACAUGCCCUGAAUGUGCAUUCGUACCGCGCACCAGCGUUCUGUGACCAUUGUGGCGAGAUGCUGUUUGGGUUGGUGAGGCAGGGACUGAAGUGUGAUGGUUGCGGAUUGAACUACCACAAGAGAUGUGCAUUUAGUAUCCCGAAUAACUGCAGUGGGGCCAGGAAGAGGCGGCUGUCCAACACCUCGCUGACAGGCUCGAUCAGCUCGCGAUUGUCAAUCUCUGAACUUCUUGCUUCACCGAAUGACAACCAAGUGAAGCACUUGGUGGAGACAUUGUCUCUGAAGGAAAAGCGUUUGAACCUGGGCAUUUACACUGGACGGCCGAUCGAGCUGGACAAAAUCUUCCUGUCAAAGGUCAAGGUGCCGCACACGUUCGCGGUGCACUCCUACAAGCGGCCCACAGUCUGCCAGUUCUGCAAAAAGUUGCUGAGAGGUCUGUUUCGCCAGGGGCUACAGUGCAAAGACUGCAAGUUCAACUGUCAUAGGCGAUGCUCCGAGAAAGUGCCCAAUGACUGCUUGGGUGAAUCAGUCAUCAACGGAGAUUUGCUGAGCCCAGGUAUCGAUACAGAUGCAAACAUGGAGGAUGUGACCGACGAUGGCGAUGGAGACAAAACCCUGACCAUGGAAGAUUUCGACGAAUCACCCACCACCCCCAGCCACCGCUCGGAGAACGGUUUCCCUGGAGAUGACGACAGCCCCAGCAGAAUGAUGAGUGAUGCCAUGGCCAGCAACAUCCCCCUGAUGCGUGUGGUACAGUCCGUCAAGCAGACCAAACGGAAAUCCAGCACCACCCUGAAGGAGGGCUGGGUGGUUCACUACAGCAACAGGGAUGCUCUGCGGAAGAGGCAUUACUGGAGGCUGGACUGCAAGUGUAUCACCUUGUUCCACAAUGACACUGGGAACAAGUAUUACAAGGAAAUUCCACUUUCCGAGAUCCUGGGUGUGGAGCCUGCACAGAAUUCCGGGACCAUCCCUCACAGCGGCAGCCCUUACUGCUUCGAAAUCCGAACGAGCAACGUGGUGUACUUUGUUGGGGAGAAUCCGGCCUCGCACCCACCUUCGGGAUUGGGCGGAUUGGGCAGUGUGUCCUGGGUGGAUGAGGCCAAAGUUUGGGAAGCAGCUAUCCGACAAGCAUUGAAACCCGUCAUCUUCCAGGACACUCUGGACCCCCAGGAGCAGACCCCACACAGACAGGCGUCAGUCAAUUUUUCUGUACCCAACAGUCAAAGCCUGGAGAAUGUGGAUAUAGCGACCGUGUACCAGAUCUUUGCAGAUGAGGUGCUUGGAUCCGGACAGUUUGGUAUUGUUUAUGGAGGCAAGCACAGAGAGACCGGGCGAGAUGUGGCUAUCAAAGUCAUCGACAAGUUACGGUUCCCAACCAAACAGGAGAGCCAACUACGUAACGAGGUGGCCAUCCUACAGGGCCUGUCUCACCCCGGAGUGGUCAACCUGGAAUGCAUGUUCGAGACCCCCGAGAAGGUUUUCGUCGUCAUGGAGAAGCUCCACAGUGACAUGUUGGAAAUGAUCCUGUCCAGCGAGAGGGGCCGGCUGCCGGAACGCAUCACCAGGUUCAUGAUCACACAGAUCCUUGUUGCACUCCGGCAUCUACACUUCAAGAACAUUGUGCAUUGUGAUCUCAAACCGGAAAAUGUGCUGCUGGCGUCAGCUGAGCCCCUUCCUCAGGUGAAACUCUGUGACUUUGGUUUUGCUCGAAUUAUCGGGGAGAAAUCCUUUCGCCGCUCGGUGGUGGGGACGCCAGCCUACCUGGCCCCUGAGGUCCUCUUGGACAAAGGCUACAACCGCUCCCUGGACAUGUGGUCGGUGGGGGUGAUCCUGUACGUCAGCCUGAGUGGCACCUUCCCCUUCAAUGAGGAUGAAGACAUCAACGAUCAGAUCCAGAAUGCUGCAUUCAUGUACCCACCCAAUCCCUGGAAGGAGAUCUCGUGGGAAGGCAUUGAUCUCAUCAACAACCUGCUCCAGGUACGAAUGAGGAAGAGAUACAGUGUGGACAAGUCUUUGAGUCACCCCUUCCUGCAGGACCAGCAGACGUGGCUGGACCUGCGAGAGCUGGAAUGCAAGAUCGGAGAGAGGUACCUGACCCAUGAGAGUGAUGACCCAUGCAGCCAGGCACAGCACCCGUCCCAGGUCACCAGGAAGCCAGCUCCUGCUGUUAGUUUGAGCAGCAGAGAUGUGCAGAGACUCAGUGAGAGGGUCAGUGUCCUCUGAACACAGUCCCAAAGUUCAGCAGAGAUGUUCAGAACCCUUUAAUACAUAAGGAGACACACACUCUUUCCCUCUGUCUCAGACAGACACACACACACACACACACACAGUCUGUCUCUCUCUCUCUCUCAUACACACACAUAUACUCUGUCUGUCUCACUCUGUCGUUAUCUCUCUUGGUCUCUGUCUCACACUUUCACUCUCUCUGUCUCUCUCUCAUAUUCUGUCUCUCUCACUCGCAAUCUCUGUCUGUCUGUCUCUCUCUCUCUCUCGCACACUGUCUCACUCUCACACUCUGCUGUCUCUCUCUCAAACUGUAAUGUUGCUCUCUCUCUCGCACACUGUCUCACUCUCACACUCUGCUGUCUCUCUCUCAAACUGUAAUGUUGCUCUCUCUCUCGCACACUGUCUCACUCUCACACUCUGCUGUCUCUCUCUCAAACUGUAAUGUUGCUCUCUCUCUCGCACACUGUCUCACUCUCACACUCUGCUGUCUCUCUCUCAAACUGUAAUGUUGCUCUCUCUCUCGCACACUGUCUCACUCUCACACUCUGCUGUCUCUCUCUCAAACUGUAAUGUUGCUCUCUCUCUCGCACUUUCCCUCUCUCUGUCUUUCUGUCUCUUCCUCUUGCUUGCACACUUUGUCUUUCUGUCUCUGCCUUGCACACUCUGUCCCUCGUGCAUACACACACACUUUGUCUGUCUCUGUCUCUCUCUCACACAUACACUCACACACACACGCACACACUGUCAUGUAUUAAAGGGUUUGGUUAAUUACUGGAGUAUCGAGCCUGAGUCAUCGUUAUCAAUGGUGAAGGCUUCUUCCAUUGGAAUUUGAGCCCUCCUGACUGACUGUUCUUCCUCCUGUAGCUUCGGGAACACAGGAUCUGACUCAGUGGGAUGUGAGAAUCUGUUUCUUCGUGGGGCCAGACAAGGGGCUUGGUCGUGUAUAUAAACACCUUCAGAGUAAAACUGGGCACAAGGUGGGGGGAUACAGGAAAAUUUCAGUCUGUCCAAUGAAGGUGACGCUGCUAACUUGCCCAUCAGCCUGUUGGAGAGGGGGAGGGCUGUUAUAGAUUCGACUUAUUUGGGAAGGGGUGUAAUUAAAGGGGAAAAGAAAUUAAUCCCCCCCCCCCCCAAAAAGACGCAGUGAACUGUGAGGAUGCUCUAGAAUUAUGUGUCUUUUUUUUAUUUUUAAAGAUAAAAUCAUUUUUGCCCCAUUAGCAACCACUAAACAAACCCUGCUCCUAAACAGGAGGGUCAUUCCAUAGUUGACUGACCCAGGGACAGCUUUGUUUUUCAAUGGAAGUGAAUAUUCAACUAUUUUGUUGUUAAUACAGGGACCAGUAUCCAGAUCCUUCUCUAAUUUACCUGUUCAGAGAUGCUAGCACGCAGGAACUGGCGGGACUUGAUCCCGGGCCCCCUGGCUCAGAGAUACAGACACUGAGCCCUCAGUGGGGAAAACGGUGAGGACAUUCCCGGCUGUGGCCGAUGACCCUGGGAGCACUGUCCAAGAAUGGAAGCCUAAAGGGACCUCCCAGGCCCCACCUUGAACCCACCCUCCUAGACUUGGGUCAUUUAAGGUGGGGAGGGCCAGGAGAGAGUGGGGGCUCCCAGUUUGUAUCAGUGUAGGACCCUGACCAAGUCACAGAGAGGACUGAGUGGAAGGGUCUGAACAGUGCAAAAGGAGAUUAAUCCGAGAAUGGUUCGGCAAGUUACAGAGAGGGAGCUCGCGCUCUCUCAUGUGUGAAUGCUGCCAGUGUUUUCUGAUGUGUCUUAUUUUACUUAUUUAUAUAAAUAUAUAUUGUACAGAAGCAGCGACUCCAAACUGAGAAUAAAAGUACGUUAAGAUUUCUUUUUGUGUCUGAGAUGCCUGAAACUGUGAGUUUGUGUUUUAUGUUUCCUACCUCCACUAUUGUUUUGUCUGUCCCUUAUAAACAUAAUUGAGUUUGUGUGUGUGUGUCUCUGUCUCUCUCAUGGUGAGUUGCUUGACCCUCAAACACACAGCAAACAUCUUCCCACCACCCCCCAGCAUUGCGUGUGUAAUGGAUAUAUUAUUUUAAUAAAAAGUACUUCUGGCUUCAGCUGUGGUUCAGUGGGAUUAAUGUGUUUGCAUCCGAGUGAAAUGGUUCUGGGAUCAAGUCCAACCCUGGGAUCCCAACGGCAGGGGGCAGAGACAGUAGGAACUGCAGAUGCUGGAGAUUUGAGAUAACAAAGUGUAGAGCUGGAAGAACACAGCAGGCCCAGCAGCAUCUUAGGAGCAAGAAAGCUGAUGUUUUGGGCCUGGACCCUUCUUCAGAAAAAAUCCAUGGUGGCCCAGUUGUUUGAACUGCUGCCUCACAGCGCUAGGGACCCAGGUUCGAUUCCACCCUCAGGCUGUGCAUUCUCUCCGUGUCUGCGUGGGUUUCCUCCAGGUGCUCUGGUUUCAUCCCACAGUCCAAAGAUGUGCAGGCUAGGUUGGAGGGAGAGUAGGAACUGCAGAUGCUGGAGAAUCUGAGAUAACAAGGUGUAGGGCUGCCUUGUCUAGGCUUAAAACAUCAGCUUUCCUGCUCCUCUAACGCUGCUUGGCCUGCUGUGUUCAUCCAGCUCCACACCUUGUUAUUGCAGGUUAGGGUGGAUUGGCCAUGCUAAAUUGCCCCAUAGUGUCCAGGGAUGUGCAGAUUAGGUGGAUUAGAUGGAUUAUAGGGGGAUGGGUCUGGGAGGGUUGUUCUGAGGGUCAGGGCAUGGACUUGUUGGGCCGAAAGGCCUGUUUCCAGACUGUUAGGGUUCUAAGAUUCUAUGAAAAUAUUGGCUGAUGUCCCAUCACAAAGCUCAAGCAUCGUCACGCUGUCGGAGGGUCAGUGCUGAGGGGUGCCGCACUGUCAGAGGGUCAGCACAGAGGGAGUGGGCACUGUCGGGGGGUCAGCGCUGAGGGGGCACCGCACUGUCAGGGGGUCAGUGCUGAGGGGGCGCCACACUG